CAACCCCCUCGUACGAUGGGAUCGGAGGAGCAGCAGCAGCAGCAGCAUCAGGCAGAUGUUCCCCGGUCCCUGUGCCGGCCUCUAUCCCCGCCCUGGGAAGCGGCCGGUCCCGCCCACCCCGCUGGGAGCCGCCUGGGGGUCGGAUCAUGUGGAAGGUCCCGGGUCAGUAUUGCUGAGUGCGGCGCUCAGUAUCCCCCCUGCCUCCGGCUGCCAGUCACCAUGCGGGACCGGGCGCUCCAUCUGCUGCUCCACCUGCACUGCCUGCUGGCCUGCACCGCCGCCCUCUCCCGGCUGGACCUUUUCCCCUACGGGGAGCGCUCGGGGGACCGGCUGCUGCCGGACGGGGACGACGAGACCUCGGAGCUGGUGAGGCUGGCACAGCCGCUGCUCUUCUACGAGGCUGAGCUGACGGGACUCUAUGUAGGGACCAAUGGCAUUAUCUCGCCCCAGUACUUUCCCCGGGAAACGCAGUACGUGGACGACGGUUUCCCCACCGAUUUCCCUGCGAUCGCCCCAUUCCUAUCGGAUAUAGACACAAGUAAUGGGCGAGGGAAGAUUUACUACCGGCAGGAUAGCUCUCCGGAGAUUCUCAGCGCUGCAGCCAGGCAAAUCCAGAGAGGUUUCCCACAAGCUGCAUUCUCUCCGACCAACGUCUUCCUGGUGACGUGGGACAAUGUGGGGGCAUAUGAAGAAGUGACGCGGCACGCAGAUCCUUCCAAUAGGGUUAACACAUUCCAGGCCGUGCUAGCGUACGACGAGUCUGACUCCUACGCUAUAUUUCUGUAUCCCGAGCACGGACUCCAGUUUUUAGGAACAAGGCCCAAAGAAUCGUACAACGUACACAUUGACCUCCCGGCCAGAGUGGGAUUCAGUAGGGGCGAAUCGGAGUCCUUGAAAAGGGAAGCUCCUUAUUACAGCGUCGUAAGCGGUGAACAGUCCUUAAAGAACCUUUAUCAAAAAAGCAAUAUUGGCACCCCAGGAGUUUGGGUCUUCCACAUUGGCAGCAUCACAGAAAUUGAUAAUAUAAUACCAGCUAAAGUGUUGAGCCCACAUGCCCAGGAGCGGUACGUACCAUUGAUAAACUCCCAUAAUGAUUUCCCUGAACACCAAGAACUGGAAAACCAUGGGACGAACAACUAUGAGGACAACUAUGAUGAUGAGGAAGAGGUGGACUACCCUACAAAUCCAACCACAGAGCUGCCUACAACAGAUGUCGCCAGAGUUAAUGUUGAUGGAUCUCGUAGCUACUUAGACAUUGAUGAUCACACUACCUCGGAUUCAGACUUGGAGGGGGAACAGGAGUCAUUGCCUCACAAUCCAUCUAACAAUCCUUUGCCGCCAACUUGGGAUCAACCCAGCUGGACUCUGUAUGGCAGAGAUGGCAUCGUAAAUGAACCUGAGAUUCGGCCGUCGGUCAGUAGAAAUCUUGGCAAUGAACCGUCUUAUGAGACCAGAGAAGAACCAUCUGAGGCGGUGAAUGAAGAUUUCUCUAAUGUUACACCAAAUCCAGAAGAUAGGCAAAAUCCAGAUGUCUAUAGGAGUCGCAAUUAUGGCUAUGAUGACCAUGGUGGCUUUGAUACGGAUGUGCUCACCUUUAACCCUGUGAAUAGAGAGACUUGUGAGAGGAAACCAGGUCACUGUUCCCAGAAUGCUUUUUGCACGGACUAUUCUACCGGAUUCUGCUGUCACUGCCAGGAUAAUUUCUAUGGGAAUGGCAUACACUGUCUGCCAAAAGGAGCCCCACACCGCGUCAAUGGCAAAGUGAGCGGGAGUCUGCUGGUGGGGCAAACCCCCGUCCGCUUCGAUGGCAUCGACUUGCAUGCCUACAUUGUGGUGAAUGACGGGAGAGCUUACACUGCCAUCAGCCAGGUUCCGGAGCCCGCGUCCUGGUCGCUGACGCCGCUGACUGCCAUUGGAGGACUGUUUGGUUGGCUGUUCGCUCUGGAGAAACCAGGACAUCAGAAUGGUUUCAGCGUUACCGGUGCAAAGUUUAUCCACAACAUUGAAGCCAUAUUUUCCCCGGGCGAUGAAGCAAUUCACAUUACACAGACGGCAGAUGGGUUUGAUUCAGAUAAUUAUAUCCAUUUACGGACGACCAUUAAAGGGAAAAUUCCAUACAUCCCGGAGACCUCAACCAUCCAGAUCUCUCCGUACUAUGAAAUCUACCAGUAUUCUGGAUCAGUUGUGACGUCCACGACGAACAGGGAAUACACAGUCACCUCAGAGGAUAACGUGGUCCAGAGGUUCUCGUACCGGCUGAAGCAGAAUAUCACAUUCCAGGACUGCAGCCACGGUCAGAGGUUCCCGCCCAACGCGCAGAAGCUGUCCGUGGAUCGGGUGUUUGCUCUGUACAAUAAGGAUGAGAAGGUCCUCCGAUUCGCCAUCACCAGCCAUAUUGGGUCCCUUCAUGAUUCUUCCCAAGAGCAAAUACAAGUUAACCCCUGCUUCGAUGGAACGCACAUGUGCGACACACGUGCCCAGUGCCAACCCGGGGCAGGGCUGAAUUACACAUGUGUGUGCGCGUCGGGGUACCAAGGAGAUGGCACAGAUUGCACAGAUGUUGAUGAAUGUGACGUGAGACUUGCCAACUGUGGGCAAAACACUCAGUGUCUGAACUUACCUGGGAGCUACAGGUGUGAGUGUCUGCCGGGCCACACGUUCUCCGCUGACGGGCAGUCCUGCAUAUUGGCGGGUUCGUACGGGAACCCUUGCGAGGACGGCACCCACACCUGUAACAGUGCUACGUCUCAGUGUGUUCCGCGCGGUGACGGAGUCUUUACGUGUGAAUGUUUCCCUGGUUACGUGAGGAGCGGGCAGUCUUGUAUCGAUGUGGAUGAAUGUACAGAGCGCAGGUGUCACCCAGAUGCUGAAUGCACUAACGUUCCCGGUUCCUUCGCCUGCCAGUGUCGCCAUGGUUACACGGGCGACGGCUUCCAAUGCACACAGGCCCCAGAUUACAGGCCCCGGCCCACGUCUUGUCUGGAGAAGCGGCGUGCUCUCCUUGGAGACGCUCCACCUAGAGGUCCUCGUCCGUUUGUACCGGAGUGUGACUCUGAAGGGAAUUACGUUCCCCUGCAAUGUUAUGGCAGCACAGGAUAUUGUUGGUGCGUUAACAAAGAUGGAGAAGAGAUUGAAGGUACAAAAACGGCACCUGGCCAAGGUCCCCCUCAGUGCGGAGCUCCAGAUGAUCAAUCACCGAGUACCUCAUGCUUAGAGAAAAGGCAGGCUCUUCUCGGAGGGUCUCAACCAAGAGGUGCUCGACCGAUCGGAGGUUUUAUACCAGAGUGCGAUGAGGAGGGUAAUUACAUACCACGGCAGUGUCAUGGAGGCACAGGUCACUGCUGGUGUGUUGACCAAAAUGGUGUGGAGAUUGCCGGGACAAGAAGACCGCAUGGCAGUGGCACCCCCCAGUGUAGUAUUCCAGAGCCCACCCAGAGACCUCAGACCAUGUGUGAGAGAUGGAAGCAGAGCCUCUUGGAUCACUAUGGUGGAACCCCCUCUGCGGAGCAUUACAUUCCUCAGUGCGACGCCUACGGAGACUUCACCCCCCUGCAGUGUCACGGGAACAGCGGAUACUGCUGGUGCGUGGACAAAGAUGGCAGAGAGCUUGAGGGAUCUAGGACGCAGCCCGGAAUGACGCCAGCCUGUUUGCCAAGUGUAGCUCCGCCCACUGUGCGGCCCACCCCUCGGCCUGAUGUGACCCCUCCAGCAUCUGGCACCUACCUGCUCUACGCACAGGGACAGCAGAUCGGAUACUUACCGCUUGAUGGCACAAAACUUCGCAAAGACAAAGCCAGGACGCUGCUGUCAUUGCAUGGUUCAAUCGUAGUCGGCAUAGAUUAUGACUGUCAGGAGAAGAAGCUGUACUGGACAGAUGUUGCUGGGCGUACCAUCAGCCGGGCUGGACUGGAGCCUGGCGCUGAGCCGGAAGUGAUCAUCAGUACCGAUCUGAUAAGCCCCGAGGGACUGGCUAUCGACUUCCUGCGCAGAACCAUGUUCUGGACGGACAGCGGAACGGAUAAAAUAGAGAGCUCCCGCCUGGACGGCUCGGACAGGAAAACGUUGUUUGACACAAACCUAGUCAAUCCUCGUGCCAUCACUAUAGACGCCGUGCGAGGGAACCUGUACUGGACAGACUGGAACAGAGAGGCACCCAAAAUUGAAACCUCUUUUGUAGACGGCUCAAACAGGAGGAUUCUAGUGAACGAUAACAUCGGAUUACCCAAUGGGCUGACGUUUGAUCCCUUCUCCAAACAGAUUUGUUGGGCAGAUGCAGGAACCAAGAAACUAGAGUGCAUUCUGUCCAGCGGAAGCGGCCGGCGCGUGGUACAGAGUAAUCUCAAUUAUCCCUUCAGUGUUGUGGCAUACGCCAAUCAUUUCUAUCAUACGGACUGGAGGAGAGACGGCGUUAUAGCUGUGAAUAAGGAGAGCGGUGAGAUUGCAGAGGAAUACCUCCCUGAGCAGCGGUCACAUCUAUAUGGAAUAACUGCAGUUUAUCCUUAUUGUCCUUCUGGAAGGAAGUGAUGUCACAAAAAAGACCAAAAAAAAAAAAAAAGGCUUUAGAGGAAUCUCCUCCCUUCUCCUCCUGACUCCGUUACAAAGAUCAUGAAGCUGAAGGAAGGACUCGAUACUACUUUAUAAAUCGCAAUGACAACUGAACAAAAUUUCCUUAUAAAAAGUGUAAAGUUUUUUUUACCUCAAUUUUACUACUGUAUUUUUUAAAAUAAAUGUUUUUACUUGUAAAGAUUAAGAUGCGUCCGUUAACCUUUCGCUACAGAGAGAAUUAAAGGCAUUGUUUAAAAAUAAAAAAAGUAAUUCUCUCUGGCCAAAGGUUAAUUUUCAAUCCGUGUUGCGUUUACUUAACUUGAUUUUAAUGGUGCAGAGAUUUUUUUUAUAUCUUUAAUAUGUAGUUUUCAAUUUAUAUUAAAAACAAGAGGUCUACUGUGAAAUAGUAAACUGUAUAUGGGCCAUGUUCUUCUACCUAUGCCAAAAACCAAGCUAUAAGCAAUAAACUGUAUACAUUCACAUUGCAGAAGUCUGUCGGCCAUGGAACACUUCACAGUUAAUUCAAUAAAACUUUUUUUUAUUUUAAA